CGGCGGCGGCGGCUCAGCAGGAAGUUCGCUCUGUUCCUGGGUGGCGCGUCGGAGUUUCGGGCUUGCUCCGAAGCGGUCGGAGCGCGUAGCCGAUCACGGUGGGGGCUGCAAAUUUAACCAGAUCUGCUGCAUUCAAAAUCUCUUCAGUGAUGAAAUAUUGCUGGGAAGUAUGGAUAAAAAUAUUGCAGAGCAGCUUAAUAAGGCAUAUGAAGCGUUUCGACAGGCGUGUAUGGAGAGAGACUUUGCUAGGAAAGAACUAAAGCAAAAGACAGACAGCUAUGAGAAGCAGAUACAUGACCAGCAGGAAAAAAUCGAAUUUCUAAUGAGUAUUGUUGCAAAACUCAAAUCACAGUUGCCUUCUAUGACUGCCAACAGAGUCAACACUCAUAGUCAAGUUCCAGUCCAUGAAGACAAUGAAAUGAGAAGAAAUGGUACCUUGUUGAACUCAGAUUUUGAUCAGCUCCAAGAAAAGCUGAAAUUGGCAAUGCAAAGGGAAAAGCUUUUGAAGGAACAAUUGGAAAGUGAGAGUGUAAAAUUAAAAAAAACUGAAGAAGAUAGUAAUUUAAAGGAAAAGAAAUUUGAAUCUAUUAUCACUGCCAAAGAAGAUGAAAUAAGGAAUCUAAAAAAGCAGCUGAAAGAAAUAAAUGAAGCACAAAACUGCAUACAGGUAUCAAGAUAUGAAAAAGAGGCAAGGAGUGAAAAACAUCCUUCGUCUAGACAGGAAUUGUCAUCAGGGGUCUCUUCUGCAUCUGUCUGUGAAAGGGAUGAACUGGAAAGUGUUUUCUGGGGCAUGAAAGAAGAAUUCAGUCGAAUACGUGCACUGGCAAGGGCACAGGCAGACCAGCUGAAUAAAUUUAACCUACGGAGAGAACCUACAACUGAAAUCCCUUUCUCCAAGCCUGUCCAGUGCACUGAUGAACAAACAGAUGACCUUUGUAAUCCUUGGGUUAAAAAGGAGGCAAACAGAGAUGUAUCUCACUUCCCAUCUAUUGCGUCAAGAGGAAUGGGACCGGACGAGGAAGAAAACUCCGUGGAAUCCCUUUCUAAGCUUAAUGUUAAGUUCCCACCUACAGAUGGUGAUGCUGAAUUCUUGGAGAGCUCUCCAGAGACGACUCCAAUUCUAAACACUCUGAUGACUGAAAAUGUGCUCCCAAAUCAGCCAUUUAACAUGGAUCUUGGGGACCAGGAGCCUCCGUGGAAGUCUUACUCCUCACAAGACAUUGACUUACUGGCACUUGCAUCUGAAGACUCGGAACCCAGGCAGUCAGGAAUAUGUGAAUUCUGUCAGAAAGUGUUCCCACCAUCUCUUACAUCAAGGGAGGAUUUUCUGAGGCAUCUCAAUUCUCAUUUCAACUUGAAGUCUUAGCGUCACUGGAAAACAGACAAGUUUUAUUUAAUUUAAUUGUAGAUACUGUCUUUGAUUUUGAUCCCAACAGAUAUACAAAUUUCAGAAUGUAAGGUGGCAUUUAUAACAAUCUGUCGAGUUUCAUACCCAACAUUAAUAUAAUUAAAAUCAGAUUCAAAUCCCUAAAAUAAAUAUCCCAAAACUCUUUUUGAAUCAACAUGUCUUGUGUUAAAACUGCAGUUGAAGAGGGAUGCUGAAUACUAUGAUCCAAUCUGAAAUGUAACAAAAAUUGAGAUCGUAUUUUGUAUAUAGAACAGAUAAGUGUGUAUCAUCCUUUGUAUUUCUAAAUAACAUUUAUUUAUUAGUAUACUUUUUUAAACAUUUGGCAGACUAGUUAAUGCAACAUUGGAAGAGGUACAUGGAAAUAAGUGUUAUCAUGUUAGUGCUUGCAAGUACACACUGACCCUUAUAUUAGGCAUUUAACUGUGAAUGUUAUUAAAAUGAACUUUUCUUAUGUUGCCCCUUUUGUAAUAAACCAAUGACCCACAUGUUUCACCUAUUUAUAAUUGUUAUAUUAAUAUCAAAAUAAACCAUAAAUGUAUUGA